AUGUCUGAGCUUGUUAAAACGCUUCUUGAGAAGCCUGACAUUGCUAAACCGAAAUGGGACCAAUCGACAUUUGAAGGACGCGCCAAACAUUUUUUCGCUAUCACCAAUCCGAUGAACUUGUUUCACACCGAGAAACAAUUGGACACUUUCAAGAAAAUCGUGGAUGAUUAUAAGAAAGGUGUUGUUAGUGACGACCUGACUGUUCAUCAGCUGUGGACCGCCAAACACGUCGUCGAUUCAGCAUUCCAUCCGGCAACCGGAGAGAAAAUGCUCAUGGUUGGUCGAAUGUCAGCUCAAGUUCCAAUGAACAUGGCCAUCACCGGAGGAAUGUUGACGUUCUAUAAAUCGCCAGCUGCUGUUAUUUUCUGGCAAUGGCUGAAUCAGUCGUUCAACGCUGUCGUCAACUAUACCAAUCGGUCGGGUGAUGGCGGCUCAGUUUCGCAGCUACUUGUUUCCUAUGUGUGCGCUACUGGUGGAGCUCUAACUGCUGCAUUGGGACUUAACUCAAUGGUUAAGAAAGCUCCACCACUUGUUGGCCGCCUUGUUCCGUUUGUCGCGGUGUGCGUUGCGAACUCAAUCAACAUUCCAAUGAUGCGUCGAGGAGAGCUCACCGAUGGAAUUGAUAUUGUCGAUGAAAAGGGACAAGUCGUGGGAAAAUCGCCAAAGGUUGCUCAAUCCGCCAUCGGACAAGUUGUUCUCUCAAGAAUCUUCAUGGCUACUCCAACAUUCGCUUUCAUUCCCGUAGUGGUGAACUCUCUCGAGAAGCGCCCUUACUUCAAAGCCAAUCCGCGGAUGUUCCUUCCACUUCAGACUGGCCUCUGCGGUCUUGUGCUCGCCUUCUCGACGCCGAUCGGAUGCGCGUUGUUCCCCCAACAAACGCCAGUGUCAUUUGAUCAACUUGAACCAGCGCUUGCUGAAAAAAUCAAGAGCAUGCCAAAUGCGCCGAAACAGCUUUAUUGCAACAAAGGUCUUUAG